AUGCUCCGUGGCACGGCCAAACGGGCCGCGAGAGCUGCGACCGACCUGUCGCAGUUGCCCAAGGUCGGCGAGAAGCUCCAUGGCUUCACCCUCCUGCGAACAAAGCAUGUCCCAGAGCUCGAGUUGACGGCGCUGCAUCUGCGGCACGACAAAACGGGCGCCGAGCACCUCCAUAUUGCGCGCGAUGACAGCAACAAUGUCUUCUCAAUCGGCUUCAAGACGAAUCCCCCAGACGACACGGGUGUCCCACACAUCUUGGAGCAUACUACGCUCUGUGGCAGUGAGAAGUAUCCGAUCCGUGAUCCAUUCUUCAAGAUGUUGCCGCGCACCCUGUCCAACUUCAUGAAUGCAUUUACCGCCUCAGAUCACACCUUCUAUCCAUUCGCCACCACCAACGCCCGGGAUUUCAAAAACCUCAUGUCCGUGUACCUCGACGCGACGCUCCGCCCGUUGCUCAAACAAUCCGACUUUACCCAGGAGGGAUGGCGCAUUGGCCCGGAGAACCCCCAAGCUCUUGCCGCCGGGGCUGAGGUCAAACCCGAGGACCGGAAGCUCGUCUUCAAGGGCGUCGUCUACAACGAAAUGAAGGGCCAAAUGUCGGACGCCGGCUACCUGUUCUACAUCCGAUUUCAGGACCACAUCUUCCCAGACAUCAACAACUCGGGCGGCGAUCCCCAGAAGAUCACGGACCUGACGUACGAGCAGCUCAAGAAAUUUCAUGCCGAGCACUACCACCCGAGCAACGCCAAGGUUUUCACUUAUGGUGACAUGCCGCUGGCAGAUCAUCUACGGGAAAUUGACGCUCAGCUUGGCGCCUUUGAGAGAAUUAAGAGUGGCAUGACCAUCCAUCGUCCUAUCGAUCUCAGCAGCGGCCCAAGGGAGGUCCGACUGCAAGGGCCCGUUGACCCCAUGGUGGAUUUGAAUAAGCAGUUCAAGACCUCGGUAUCGUGGGUUCUUGGGGAUACGUCAAAUGUUGUCGAAUCAUUCUCCUUGGCCUUAAUCUCCGCCCUUCUGAUGGAUGGCUACGGUUCACCCCUGUACAAAGGGCUCAUCGAGACUGGUCUUGGGACAGACUGGAGUCCCAACUCAGGUUAUGACAGUUCAGGAAGGGUUGGGAUAUUCUCGAUUGGCCUGACAGGCGUGCAAGAGGCGGACGUGAUCAAGUUGAAACCCACCCUUCAAGACAUCCUUCGCAGUGUGCGGGAGAAGGGGUUUGAGCGAUCCAAGAUCGAUGGUUAUCUGCAUCAGCUCGAGCUGAGCCUCAAGCACAAGACUGCCAAUUUUGGUAUGUCUCUGCUGCACCGGCUGAAGCCGAAAUGGUUCACGGGCGUCGAUCCGUUUGACUCGCUUGCGUGGAACGACACGCUCGCUGCUUUCGAGGCGGAAUAUGUCAAGGGAGGCUAUCUCGAGGGAUUGAUUGAUAAGUACCUGUUGAACGACAACACACUGACGUUUACCAUGGCUCCGUCUGCCGAGUUCGUGCAGGACCUUGCGAAGGAGGAGGAGGCCCGCCUCGAAUCCAAGAUAUCUAAGGCCGUCGAGAUUGCAGGCGGGGAGGAGAAGGCCCGUGCCGUGCUUGAGGCGCAGGAGUUGGCGCUGUUGGCGGAACAGGCCAAGUCUAACACGGAAGACUUGAGUUGCCUACCCAGCGUUCAUGUCCAAGACAUUCCGCGCCAGAAGGAGCCGGUGGCUUUGCAGAUCGAGACUGUGGGCGGAGUAAAGCUCCAGCUGCGCGAAGCGCCAACCAACGGCUUGACUUACUUCCGGGCUAUCAACACGUUGGAGAACCUGCCGGACGAACUACGAUCCCUAAUCCCCCUAUUCACCGAUUCCAUCAUGCGCCUUGGCACCAAGGACAUGACCAUGGAGCAACUUGAAGAUCUCAUCAAGCUCAAAACUGGCGGCGUGUCCGUCAGCUACCACUCGGCAUCUCAGCCGACAGACUUUACGCAGGCGAAGGAAAGUCUCGUCUUUUCUGGGAUGGCCCUAGACCGCAACGUGCCGGUCAUGUUUGACCUUCUGCGCAAGCUGAUCGUCGACACAAACUUUGACAGUCCAGAUGCUGCUCAGCAAAUCCGCCAGCUUUUGCAGGCCGCAGCAGACGGUGUUGUCAACGAUAUCGCCUCAUCGGGACACGCCUAUGCUCGGAGGGCUGCGGAAGCCGGCCUGACAUGGGACGCGUUUCUGAGAGAGCAAGUUAGCGGCCUGUCUCAGGUGAAGCUGGUGACUAGUCUGGCGAGCCGCCAAGAAUCCGACCGGCUGGAGGAUGUCAUCGCCAAGCUCAAACUCAUUCAGCAGUUUGCUUUCGCGGGUACUAUUCGCGCCGCCAUCACAUGCGACAGCGAGAGCGUUGCCAGCAAUACGGGCGCCGUGACCAGAUUCUUGGACUCGCUUCCCUCCCACAAGGUCAAUUUCCCGGCGCGCCAGAACCGGGAGUUUGGGAGGAACAUCAAGUCCUUCUACCCCCUGCCGUACCAAGUAUAUUAUGGUGCCCUUGCUCUGCCGACCGUAUCUUACACCUCACCUGACGGUGCCCCUCUUCAAAUUCUCGCCUCUCUUCUGACCCACAAGCACCUGCACCACGAGAUCCGCGAGAAGGGCGGUGCCUAUGGAGGUGGUGCAUACUCUCGCGCCGUCGACGGCAUCUUUGGCUUCUACUCGUACCGCGACCCUAACCCGCUUAACACGAUCAAGAUUAUGCGGAGCGCCGGCCAGUGGGCUGUUGACAAGAAGUGGUCCGAUAGGGACCUCGAAGACGCCAAGAUUUCUGUAUUCCAAGGCCUCGAUGCCCCUCGGGCGGUCAACGAAGAGGGCAUGAGUAACUUCGUUUACGGAAUUACAGAAGAGAUGAAGCAGAGACGCCGAGAACAACUGCUCGAUGUCACCAAGGAUCAGGUCCGGGAAGUUGCGCAAAAGUACAUCGUCAACGCACUGAAGAAAGAGGCUGAACGCCUGGUUUUCCUGGGCGAGAAGCGCGACUUCGUUGACAGGUCUUGGACCGUCAAAGAAAUGGACAUCAACGGGUCUUCUUAA